AUGAAUACCUACCGGUUCCUGGGAAUGGAAGCGUUCACAGAGGCUGCUUGCCAUUUGGUACUAGGAGAAAAUAGCCCAGCAAUCAAGGAUGGCAGGUAUUUUGGUACGCAGUGCCUUUCCGGUACCGGCUCAUUACGUGCUGGAGCUGAGUUUUUGGCUCGAGUUCUCGGUUACAAGACUGUUUAUCUGAGUAAUCCAACUUGGGGUAAUCACAAGCUGGUGUUCACAAACUCUGGCUUCGACAAGAUCUGCGGUUAUACUUAUUGGGAUCCUGUCAAUAGGAGAGUAGACAUCGAUAAGGUGCUUAGCGACUUGGAAAAUGCGCCGGAAAAGUAA